AUUGAUAGAAGUGAGGUUAUUGUUUGUUAACAUAUUGGAGUAUUAUCUUGAAGUUUUUUUAAAUCAAACUGUUAUUAAUUAAUACAGACUGACUGUAAUGAUAUAAAUUGUCUUUAUGAUAAAUUAAAAAGACAAGCAAAAAUGAGUUGUCAAAAAGGUAGUGGUGUUCGUUCAAGACCACAAAAAUAUCAAAAUCGUCAUGUAUUUAAAAAUAAUCUUCAUGAUACAUCACAUAUGACUAAAAAAAUAAAUAGCAUUCAAGUUGUUAAUGUAUGUGAAAGAUGUAAAAAAAUAAUUGAAUGGAAAAUUAAAUAUAAAAAAUAUAAGCCAUUAAAAGCAUCAAGUAAAUGUGUCAAGUGCGAUGAAAAAUGUGUUAAACAUGCUUAUCAUAUAAUGUGUGGUCCUUGUGCAUCAAAAAAUGAAGUUUGUCCAAAAUGUGGUGAAAAAGCUGAAUUGAUAAAGCCAGAUGAAGAAAAAGAUAAAUUAACACUUGACAGAGAAAUGAGAUUGAUGCUUAAAAAAUUACCAGAAAGAAAAAGAAGAACAUUUAUGCGUUAUAUGAACAGACAAGGUGAAACAAAAGAAACAAAUGCUAAAAAUGAAGAAGGUUCUGAUGAAGAAAAUAUUGAUGAUGAAGAAGAAGAUGAAAAAUUGGAAGGAAAAAAUGAAAAUAAUAUUGUUGAAGAUGCUCCAUUGACUCGUGAUGAUUUAAUUGCUAAAUUACAAUCAUUAAUGGUGUCAAAGAAAAAAAAUGAUGAUUCAGACAGUGAUUUUAAUGAUGCAGGAUCCAUUGAAGAGAGUGAAAGUGAUAGUGAUUAAUUAAAUAAUCAGUGGUAAUUUUGUAACACAAAUAACGUUCAUUCAAUUCUUUGUAUUUUAUAUUAAACUUUUUUUUCUUUUUAUAUAUAAUUUAAAUUCAUCAAAAAUAAUUAUAAUGAGUUAAU